GCUGGUGAAACCGGAGUCAGCAAGAUGCCACAGACGAUCAAAGUAGAUCAGUGCGAUUAUUCAGAGGGAACUAAACCUUAGAAAGGCAGCAAAGAGAAAAAAAAUAAUGAUUUACUGGGAAGGAAAGUCAUUUCACAGUGUGAUGCAUUUAUUGUUGUCUAAAUUUGACAAUAUUAAACUGUUAUGUCACCAGGACGGAGUCUGCCGCAGGAUGUGAAAUCUACGUUGGAUCAAAUGACACACACACACGUAUGUACGUACCUGCUGUGGAAACUGAUAUGUUUGAACACCUGAUCAGACUACAGGAUAAUAACGUUUGGGAUUGCUGAUGCAGAUCCAUCAUAAGCUUGACUGUUAAUUUCCUCAUCAUUGUCAUCCACCGCCACUACUACCUGUUCCCUGGAGAACGGAUCUGGUUAGUCAGACAUGACGGCAACUGAAGUCUCGGAGAAAUCAAGUUCUGGCCUAGCUGUGAUGUGGACGAAGCAUAUGGAAAAUUAAUAAUCCGUUUGAUUGGAGUACAUCACACUUGCAUCGUUGCCAGUGUGUUUCAAGUGACACAGUUCUAUCUGACCUUUGUGUUCAGCCUUAUGAAAUCUUCAGGCAAAAGUUCAUAUCACUGUGUGUUGUGAAAUACUUAUACCAAAGAAUUGACAAAUUUAUUGGAACUUGGUCAUUCGCUACAAAAACCUUUUCAUAAAAGUCAGUAGAUUAUGUUUUUCAUAAAUGAUAUAUUGAAAAAGCAACUUGAAAAGUUGGUGCAAUUUUCAACUGAUGUACCGCUUUGGUUUCAAGACUGAAACUACGCAUGAAAAUGAGGCGUAAAACGCUAUUUGGGGGCCUGCUAUGCAUGUGCUUCGUAUUUUUCAUAUACAGUUUUUUCCCUUGUGAAAAUGGACCCAAGGCUUACAUGGUUCCCAAAGAACAAAUUAAGUAUAUAUAUGACCACAAUCAGAAAGCCAUACCCUACGACAAAAAUAUGCCACUAAUCUUCAUCGGUGGCAUGCCACGUAGUGGCACAACAUUGAUGCGUGUCAUGCUCGACGCACAUCCGGAAGUCCGAUGUGGAGAGGAAACACGGGUCAUUCCAAGGAUUCUUGGAAUGAGGACUCACUGGCAGCGAUCGGAGACGGAGAAACGUCGUUUAAACGAGGCAGGAAUCACGGACGAUGUCAUAGACUCUGCAAUAACGGCAUUCAUGUUAGAAGUGAUUGCCAAGCAUGGGGAGGCUGCACCAAGGCUGUGUAAUAAAGAUCCGUUUACACUUAAAUCUAGUCUAUAUCUCUCCAAGUUAUUCCCAAACUCCAAAUUCUUGUUCAUGAUACGUGACGGUCGAGCCGUUGUGCAUUCAAUAAUCUCAAGGAAGGUUACAAUAACUGGAUUUGACCUUUCCAGUUAUCGCAGUUGUCUUAAGAAAUGGAAUCAAGCUAUGGAGUCAAUGUAUGCCCAAUGUCUUCACGUGGGGUCGGGACAUUGUAUGCCCGUCUACUACGAACAACUUUCACUACAUCCAGAAUUGUGGAUGAAACGGAUUCUGGAAUUCCUUGAUUUGCCUUGGAACAGUUCUGUACUUCAUCACGAGGAUUUUGUUGGAAAACCUGGUGGAAUUUCAUUGUCAAAGACGGAGAAGUCAUCCGACCAGGUCAUUCGUCCGGUGAAUAUUGAGGCUCUGAGUCGCUGGGUGGAACAUAUACCAAAACAGGAGAAAACAGAUAUGGGUACGAUUGCCCCGAUGUUAAAAACUCUGGGUUACGAUCCCUCAGCCAACCCACCUGACUAUGGAAAACCCGACCCAAGAGUCGCAGAUAAUACCAUGCAUAUAAAACAGAACUUAGAGUUUUGGAAAAAUCGUGAAAUUGAAAUUAUGACUUCAGAAAAAAUCCAUCAAAGAAGAAAAUCCAAUAUGGACAAUGAGCCACCAAGUUGAUGAUUGUUAUUGAUGUGUUUGUUGAUGCCUAUGACAGAAAAGUAUAUUUUCAGAAGAUUGACACGUUCUAUUUAUAUUGUCACAAAUUAAACCAAGCCAUGAAAGUGUUCACAUGAGAUCUAAGAGUUAGAGUAUCACAGAAUCAAUCUCUCCUGUAAAAAUCUCAACCAGAGGGUAAGGAUUUCACGGGUUUAAGCACAUGCAUGAGACUGUACUUAUAGAGUUCAGAUUUCUCCAUACAACAUCUAGGUUUUAUAUAAGGAGUCCACUGUGAGGGUAAGACAGAGAAAUCUUAACCUGACAAGUGAUAUUCUUGAUUGUCUAACCCAGGGCUGGCUUUAGGAGUGAGACAGAGAAAUCUUAACCUGACAGGUGAUAUUCUUGCUUGUCUAACCCAGGGCUGGCUUUAGGAGUAAGACA